AUGAAGGCGUCGCAGGACAGCUCGGAUCUCGCGCAGCCUAUCGAUGGCCUCAAGCGCGAACUUGAGCCGUAUCUGCGUCUCUGGCUUGAAGACCGCGUCAUCAAGUCGAUGCAUGAGCGGCUCGGGAGGUGGAGGACUGCGUUUGGCUGGAGCGGGAUGGGCCACCGCUUGGGCGAUCUCGCCACCGAUGGCCUCGGCGAAAGCUUCUGCUUGACCGACUGGACGAAGGAGGACAACCCAAUUGUCCUGGUCAGCGAUGGCUUUGGCGCUGUGACGGGAUUCCCAUGCGCAGAAAUCAUCGCGCGCAACUGCCGUUUCCUGCAAGGUCCCGGGACUUCGCCUGACAGCAUCGAAGCGCUUCGCGAGGCCCUGAAGAAGGGCAAAGCAGUCACCAAGCUGGUGCUCAACUACCGGAGCGACGGCCACCCUUUCUUCAACCUCAUCAACAUCACGCCUCUCAAAGACAGCGACGGGAAAGUCAAGUACUUCCUCGGCGGCCAGACCGACGCGACGCUCACCAUGCAAGAAGUCGGCGUCGCUUCUGCUUCGGCUGCUCUUGCUCCUACUCCUGCCUCGCCCGCUCAAAUGAGCACGUCGCCGCCCUUCUCGCCGUACCUGCAGGCUCAGCUCCAGUCGAUGCAGCAGGCGGCAAUGAGUCGCCUCCAGCCGUCGUCGACGAACGUACCGCAGCUUCCGCCUUCUCCUCCCGAGUCUCCCGCCUUUCCCGGUCGCGCUUACUCUCAGUCUGCUCAAGGGUAUGGCACUUGGUCUCCGCGCCCUGUAGCGUCAUCUUCGUCGUCGCCCAAGCCUCGCCGCUUCGGCUUCUUCGGGCGCAAGAAGCGCCGCAGGGAAACGACCGAGUCGACGCAGUCGACGUUCGAGGUCACGUCAACCGCUUUCGACGUGGGCGGUUCGCCAGACGUGGACGAGCCGGAAGUGUGGAUGCGGCGCGGUUCGAUGCCGGCGAGUCCUGAGCAGGGUGGGAAGGGAUGGCAGGCGGGCGAAGCAGGGGCUGUUGAGCAGGUCGGACAGCCCGAGCCAUACGAGCCGAAGCACACCUACUCUCGCAUCGCCCUCAUCGACCGUCCGUCCGGCAAGAUCCUCAUCGCCAGCGCUCCUUUCGUCGAGUUCCUCACUCCUUCUCGCUCCUCCGUUGUCCACCACCACCUCGCUAACUUCCUCACCUCACCCGUCGUCUUCGAGCCCGGCUCGACAGUCGAGUACGAGAAGGACCAGACCCGCCGCUUAAGAAGGAACGUCACGCUUGCGAUCGAGGGAGGGCACGUCUACAGGACUUUGGUCGCUGUCGAGGUCGAGAAGAAGGGCAAAGGACUGGCGAGAUUGAGGAACGAGGACGAGCGGCAGUUCAAGACGACGGUCCUGCACCUCGUCCCGCUGCUCAACAGGAACGAGCAGGUGGAAAAGCUUGUCGCGAUGUGCGCAGCCGCACUCAUGUGCGCGUCGAAGCUUGGCUAA